CUUUCUGCUCCGAGUGAAAUGUGCACAUUCUGCUGCUGUCUCUCUCACGGUCACCAUUCUCCGCAAAGACCAUAGAUUCUCCUGCUUCUAACUACACAAGGAUGGCUGCACCGUGAUCUCUUCCACAGCAUAACAAACUAUCUGUCUGAGGACUGAACUUCCAGGAUAAGUUCUGAAUUUGGAUAGUUUGCAAGAGCCAAAGGAUGUUGCAGGUUUUUCUUUGAAAGGUGGAUGAUAGUGAGCAGAGCAAGCCCCGUGGCACUGUUAAACCACACCGUGUGAUAAUGUUUAUACUGCCUAUUCUCGGGACAACGGUGGUGCUAGUUUCUGGCUGUUUACUGGCCUUCUUCUGCAAAUGUUUAAUGAAGCAGAAUGGGAUCUGGAAACGCUCUGCGAACAAGUGUUUGGAAAGUACAGCAAAGGAGAAAAAUAUCCUGCACACACCCCAGCAGUUUACAGUGAACAAAAUAAUGCAGCCAGUCCAGCCAAGGACCUGGCUAACAUCACCUAAAAUCUAUGGACCCAAACCAAUGCCAACAUUACCGGAAUUCGUCAGUUGCAGAGACUACACCUUAGAGAGGAUGGAUGAAAGUCUGUCAGCUCGAGGAGAGAGGACCUCAUUCUCCAGCUUCACGGCAGAUUCAUCUGAAGAUCUGUUUGUUAUUUCCAAGACCGGUGCCAAUGUUGCUGUGUCUCUGUCAGACGAUGGGGAGAGUGAAAUAUCUGAGGAUUGGAUACAAGAUGUGAGGCUGCAUUAUGGAAUGCGAUACAACCGGUAUAAGUCGGAGCUCUAUCUCACCAUUAUUGAAGCCGAGAACAUCAACACAGUGGAAAACAUGAGCCUCUCUGACAGCUUCGUGGUGGCAGCUUUGAUCACAAAACUUGGGCGAGCCAAGGCGGAGACCUCCAUCCAAACAAAGACCCUGCACCCUGUUUGGCAGGAGACUCUGACCUUCCCCGCUGUGGAGGAACACAUGCAGGAGGGAACUUUAACUCUGGCGGUCUAUACCUGUGAUAAGUAUUCCAGGCGGAAUUGUUUGGGGGAAACUCAACUCAAGCUGUCUGAUGUGGGACUUGAAGAAAGAACAGAUUCCUGGAUCUGCCUGGCGUUCCCCAGUAAGGACUUGGUUGCAAUGCUUGGUGAAAUCUUGCUUUCCAUCAACUACCUGCCUGCUGCCAGCCGUCUGAUUGUCGUUGUUAUGAAGGCGCAACACUUAAAUACAGAGAAGCUGAAAGAUCUCAUAGAUCUAUCGAUUAAACUCACUCUAAUGCACCAGUCCGUGAAACUGAAGAGAAAACAUACAAGACACGCGAGGCGCAAGAUUAACCCAGUCUGGAAUGAGAUGAUAAUGUUUGAGGUUCCUUAUGAAAUGCUAUGCAAGUCCAGCCUUGAACUGGAGUUGUUGAAUCACGACUGUAUGGGUCAAAAUCACCUACUGGGGAAAUGUAACCUGGGUAUGAAUUACAGUGACUUGGAGUUAAGUCACUGGCAGGAAAUGCUGACCAAGCCCAGGAAACCGAUCGCAAUGUGGCAUAAACUGCAUGCAUAAUCACCUUCUCUCUCCUUCUCAUUCACCGGCAAACUCUAACCUUCAUCAGAUUCCUUUUCGAGGCCUCCUGGUUCCAAAAUUCAAUGGUGCCAUAGCCAAUGUUGAUAUUAAACACAAACAUGGUUUGGGGGCCACAGCGGAAAUGAACAUUGCACCUGUAAUGUUGGGCUUACUCGUUGUGGCUUCUGUAAAAUGGCUGGCCUGAACUCAGAAGAAAAAUAUUGGUCUGUAUGUAGCCCAGUCAAUAGCCCUUCAAGGGGCCUCAAAAUGCUACCAUCAAAAAUGAAGUUUGUUUAAAUAUACAUAUCUGCAAGUGAUGCCAGGAUGUCAAGGAAGAUUCGUACCAGACCCAAUAAAGUGCCAAGGACUGAUGCCAUUCUGCGUUCUGCCUUCGGGGCAUCUUCUUCCAUCAAUUUACUGAUCUUCAACUCCACCGUCCUGCAUCCUCUCUCUAUCUCAUCAGCUCCUCUUCCCAUUGCCAUCUCUCUUCCCUAAUCAACAGAACACAAGCAGCAGGAGCAGAAGUAUGCUUAGUGCCCCCUCAAGCCCCUCUGUCAUUCAAUAUGAUCUUGUUUGUUUUGAUCACUGGCCUCAGCUCCAUUUUCUUGUUGAUUCCUGUAACCUGUUUGAUCAAAAUUACAUCUCAACCUUGAAUAAAUGUAAUCACUCAAUAAUAGUGGGCAGCACAGCAGUAGAGUUGCUGCCUCACAGCGCCAGAGACCCAGGUUUGAUCCUGACUCUGUGCGGAGUUUGUAUGUUCUCUCUGUGACCGUGUGGCUUUUCUCUGGGAGCUCCGGUUUUCUCCCACAUUUCAAAGAUGAGCAGGUCAAUGUAAAUUCCCUUUGGUGUGUAGGAUGUGGGACAACUAAUGUGAGGGUGAUAAGUGGUUGGUGUGGACUUAGUGGACCAAAGGGCUUGUUUCCACACUCUCUCUAAACUAAACUAAACUUGCAUCCUCCCUGUUUCCUUUGUCUUCUUUCUAAUGUCCCCCACCAUCUGCUGAUCACUAUUUGGAUCUCAUUUCUACUCUUCUUCUCCCAAUUACCCCCAUCCAUCCCUUUUAAGUCAUCUUGUUGAGUCUCAUUGUAUGUAACUUGUUUUCACCUAGCCCUCAGCUAACA